GGGGUGAAUGCGGCGGCGAGUGCGUGCUUGAAAUUCGGAAUGCGCAGAGACGCAUCGCUCUUCAGUACCACCAAGCCAUCAAGAUGAGCGCUACACGACCGGUGCACCGGCGCCAGGACACGGAUGCGGGCGUCACCGACGGCGCGUCCGACAAGGCGGCGUCGGUGAGGCAGGCGCCCAGCGCGUCGAGCAGCGACGACACGCUCGCGGCGGCGCUGCUUGUCUCGGCGCAGGACAAGACGGCCGCGCUGCCAAAGUGGACGACGUCGCGCAAGGAGCUGUGGUCAUACUACAUCUAUUACAUCGGCUGCAGUGGCCUCGGGCCCUUCAACUAUUCUCCCGGCCAGCUUCAGAACCUGAUCACCCUUGCGGCUGCCGCAGCUGGCGGCGACACGUGCGGCGGCGAGGGCCAAGACGUUUGCCGCCUGGCUUGGGCCGGCGCCGAGCGGACGCCGCAGAGCAUCACCCUGCUGGCCAACGGCAUCAGCUUUGCGGUGCAGGCGGCGCUCUUCCUCGUCAUCGGCUCGCUCGCCGACUACGGCACCUGGCGCCCGUGGAUCCUCAUUGUCUCGACGCUGAUCUCUGUCGGCAUCAGCUUCGCCUGGCUCGGCGUGACGGACCCCGCGAGCUGGCGCAUCGGCGUUGCUCUCUACAUCAUCGGCCUCAUCUUCUAUCAGACCUCCCUGACCUACUGGACGGCCGCUUUUCCGGGCUUGGCCCGUGACUUGCCCGAGAUGCGCGAGUCUGCCGCCGCGCUCGCAGAGACGCCGCCGCGGACGACUGCCGAGGAGCACCACAAGCUCGACACCAUGUCUCGCAACCGCAUUGCCAACAUCGCAUUUGCCGUGUGCUCGCUCGGCGAGCUCGUCGUGCUGGCCAUCAUCCAGGGCAUGCUCAUCUCGCUCAAGUCUGACUCGUCCACGGAGGCAAACACCCGCGCCCUCUCCAUUGCCACGGCCUUCACCGGAGGUGUGUGGCUCCUCGUCGCUCUGCCGUGGUUCAUCCUCGAGAAGAGACGUCCCGGCCGCAAUCUACCCGUCGGCCAGUCAUACUGGACCGUCGGCUUCGUCACGAUCGCACAGACGUGCAGACACGUGUGGAAGCUCAAGCAGACGCUGCUGUACCUCGUCUUCUACUUCAUCAUGGGCGAUGCGCUCAACACCAGCGUGACAGUCAUCAGCACCGUACAGAAUUCGCUCAUUAGCUUUUCGGGACAAACUUUCAACUUGCUGCUGAUCGUCGGCAUUGCUGCCCAAGGCGUGGGCAUCUACGCAUUCUGGCGCGUGCAGCACCACUGGAAACUCGGGACCGUGACGAUGCUCAAAGUUGUGUGCGGCUUCAUCGUCCUGCUGCAGGUGUGGGGCCUCAUCGGCAUCUUCACGCUGCGCUUCGGUUUCCACAACGUCUGGGAGGCGUACGCGUACCAGGCCUUCUAUGGCCUGUUCGUCUGCCCCUGGUACGCCUACUCGCAGACCGGCAUCAGCGAGGUCAGCCCGAGGGGCCUGGAGUUCCAGGUCUUUUCGCUGCUCAACCUGGUGGGGCGCACUUCGAGCUUCGUCGGGCCCUUCGUCAGCAGUGCGCUGGCGGACUAUGGCAACCAGUCGCUUCCGUUCUACUUCCUCUUGGGCAUGGCCAUCCUCGGCUCCCUGUUCCUCAUCCCGAUGGACGCAGCCAAGGCACGGAAGGAGCAGGCCCGCUUCAUCGCGCAGCAAGUGCCGGAGGCCCAGCGCACGUCCGGGGCCGCCUACACGACUACGCACGAGCUUGUAUGAGCGGCGUGCUGUCCACGCCGCAACUCUGCUCUGUCGCUCGGUGGCCUCUCUCAGAAGGAAUGUGUAUGUAUUCGAAAGCACAAAGAGUGUGG